AUGGGCGCCUCAACCUCCUGGGGCCUGCUCCCCCGCGUCCCAGCUCCGCACCACGAACCACAGGAGGUUCCGGGCCCGAACCAUCUGCCCAUCGAGAUGCUCCGGGAGGUGCUGAGCUACCUGCCCCCAAGCACGCUGCUCCGGCAGUGCCGCCUGGUGUGCCGGCGCUGGCGAGAGGUGGUGGACGGCAGGGACCUGUGGCUGAGCAUCCUGCCCUGGCAACACCCCGACCUGUGGCCCGUCAUCCUCACCUGCCUGCCCCCUGCUGGCGACCCCGGGCCCUGCAUCCUGGGCCGCUUCUGCGAGCUCAGACCCAUAGGGCGCAAGCUCACCGUGAACCCCCCGGAGAAAGAAGACCUCUGGAAUUGUAUGAUGCUGAGCGGUAGCGAUGACUCGGAGGAAGAGGAAGACUUCGGGGUCAGGCUGAAGACUUCUGGGGAGACUAGCUACAGUCCUGCCUACAGGUGUUGGUACAAGGGAGAAAUUUUGGAUCUGGAGGAGGAGGGCCUGUGGCGGGAACUCCUGGAUAGUGGAAAGAUUUGGAUUUCUGUCUGUCGCCGCUGGACAGAACAACAAGGCAGUGACCGGAUGUAUCAGCUAGUCGUCAAGCUUCUAGAUGCCAACUAUGCCACCUUGCAUUAUUUCUUCCAUAAACGUUUUCCCGUCCGUCCGCGGACAGGUAGCUUCUCCUUUCGGAUCAUGCAUGCGUUCACCAACAUCAAGAAGGGCGUCCGCUUUGUGUUGUUUGACCACAGUGUCGAGGGCUAUGACUCGUGGCCUGAGCAGUGUGGAGUCCCCAGGCCCCAGUCCAGUGUCAUCGUACGGAUCCGUCCCUAG